UACCGAUGCACACUACAGGGUACUUUAUGUGGGGGUAAAUUUGAAGGAGUAAACAUCCAUGGGAGUCUGUAUCUGUUGUUAUUAACGUAGCGAACUAACCGCCUGGAAACUGCCGCUGAAACUAUUGAAGAAGGCGCCCUUCGUGACUUUGUUGGGAAGAACAAUGGCGGACUGGAGUCCUAUAGCGAAGGUGUACGACCCGCUGAAAGCUGGCAGCAUCGAUGGCACGGACGUGGAGCCCCACGACCGGGCGGUGUGGAGGGCUAUGGGUGCCCGCUAUAAACCCAACAAAGGCGUGGUAGGAGACCCACAUCUCACCCUGUUUGUGUUUCGACUGAACCCCCUGACAACAGAGGACAAGCUGCACCAAGUGUUCUCCAAGUACGGAGACAUCCAGAGGCUCCGGCUGGUCCGGGACAUCGUCACGGGCUUCUCCAAAGGAUACGCCUUCAUUGAGUACAAGGAGGAGCGGUCCGUUGUCCGGGCCCGCCGGGACGCUAACAAGUUGGUGGUCGACCAGCACGAAGUGGUUGUGGACUUUGAACAAGAGAGGGCUCUCAAGGGCUGGGUGCCCCGACGGCUCGGCGGCGGGCAGGGGGGGAAGAAAGAGUCCGGACAACUGCGGUUCGGCGGCAGGGACAGACCGUUCCGUAAACCCAUUAACCUCGGGCUGGGUCCGGUGCAGGAACGGGGAGGCGGUGGAGGGAGGGAGUGGGAUCGACAAGGGACGAGGGACAGGGAGGACCGAGACCGACACAGAGAGGCCGAGUGGGGCAGCAGAGGGAGGAGAGAUGACCGGGACAGAGGCAGAGAGCGGGAGGACCGCAGGCAGCGGGACAGGAGAUGACGCCCACGUUCAGGAAGAUGGAUUAAACUCCAGAGUACUGAUCUCACCGGUUCAAGUAACUUUCGAUCCACAGAUCAGCGUCCUGCCUCAUAUGGAGUAAUUUAGUGCUGUGAAGGACAGUGUGACUGUUUGGCUGGGGGUUUGCACACGAGGUGUGAACUAUGGACUAUAUAAACAUUUCAAUAACAAAUGACUUCCCUGUGAUUACAUUAGUUCAGAAUGACACGUUUCCUGGUUAUGCUGGUAGUAUUUCUCAGAAAUCUGACAUAGUGCAGGCUUUUGUAGUGUAGAUUGAGCAUCAAAAUAGUUUCUUCAUUUGUAUUAUAAAUAUACAAAGUACCUGUAAAUGAAAUGGAAUCUGUUUCACAUUUUCUCUCGAGUACGACGAUUCAGUUUCUGACACAGUUAAUGUGUAUUAUAGUGUUGCAAAACUAACAUUUCCAAUGGCGUGUAGUUUAACAACGUAAACUCUGUCGUAUAUGUUUUUACAAAGGUUUUUUUUCGAGCAUCAUACUUGGUAAAGAAGCCACGGGUUUGUGAAAAACUGACUUUACACAUGAGGAACAAUACCAAAUAAACCAAAACUGAUUUUAA